CUGUCACUCGAUCCGAUGGAGCUGCGGGUACUGCGCAACAGUGGCUCGGCUGCAGAGAGGGAUCAGGCGCGCAAGGUGGAGGCUGCGCGCGGCCGAGGCGGAAGCGGCACUCACCUGCUGUGCACUCUGCUGCUCGGACAGGCGGGUGCCAACGCCACGCUGGCUGGCUGGUUAUACAGCCAAGGUGUGCCGUGGCUGCCUGUGCUGCUUUGCACCAGUGUCGUCUUCUUGGGGGGUGAGGUGUUGCCCUACUCCAUUUGUUCCCGCCACGGGUUAGCCAUUGCUGCACACACACUCUUUCUCACCCGCCUGCUUAUGGCCGCCACCUUCCCCAUAUGCUAUCCACUCAGCCGAUUGCUGGAUUGGGCUUUGCAUCAAGAGCUGAGCACCUUCUCCACAAGGGAGCACCUGCUGGAGACCCUGCGGGCUGCUGACCCCCAUGGUGAUCUUGUGAGUGAGGAGCUGGCCAUGGUCCAGGGUGCAUUGGAGUUACGCACCAAGGUAGUUGAGGACAUCUUGACGCCUCUGAAUGAUUGCUUUAUGUUGCACUCUGAUGCCAUACUUGACUUCUCUACCGUUUCUGAGAUUCUUCGCUCAGGUUAUACCCGCAUCCCUGUAUAUGAAGGUGAGCGACGAGACAACAUUGUCGACUUGCUGUUUGUCAAGGAUUUGGCUUUCGUGGAUCCUGAUGACUGCACACCACUGCAGACAGUUACUCGCUUCUAUCACCGCCCGCUGCACUGUGUUUUCCAUGACACCCGCCUAGAUACGCUGCUCGAGGAGUUCAAGAAGGGUAAAUCACACCUUGCAAUCGUGCAGAGAGUGAAUGAUGAAGGGGAAGGAGACCCUUUCUAUGAGGUGAUGGGAAUUGUCACUCUGGAGGAUGUGAUUGAAGAGAUAAUCAAAUCGGAGAUUCUGGAUGAGACAGAUCUCUAUACGGACAAUCAGAAAAAGGAAAGGAUCCCCCAUCGGGGUAGGAAACCUCAUGAUUUCUCCAUCUUUAGCCUUUCAGAUAGUGAGAUGAGAGUAAAGAUCUCACCACAGCUGCUACUGGCCACUCAUCGCUUCAUGGCUACAGAGAUAGAACCUUUCAAGAUACCACAUCUCUCAGAGAAGAUCCUGCUACGGCUUCUCAAACAUCCCAAUGUCAUCCAGGAGAUGAAAUUUGAUCACAAAAACAAGCGAGCACCUGAUCACUAUCUUUAUCAGCGUAACAGGCCAGUUGACUAUUUUGUGCUCAUUUUACAGGGAAAAGUGGAGGUAGAAGUAGGAAAAGAAGGAUUGCGAUUUGAAAAUGGUGCUUUCACAUACUAUGGUGUCCCAGCAAUCAUGACUGUCAUCUGUUCAGAUAAUGAUGGGCGUAAAAUGAGCAGCCUGGCUGGAUCAUCUUUCCUGUUGCCCGUGUCUGUGUCUCGUACGUUUGCCUUCAGCCGAGGGGAAUCUUUGGCUGGGUCCCCAGUGAAUCAAUCCCCAUCCCGUUGCAGUGGAUUAAACCGCUCUGAGUCUCCAAUUCGAGAACGUAACGACUAUGGAGGCAGCAGCACUCAACUUCAUAGCGGCAGCAACAACAUAUACACUCCAGAUUAUUCUGUUCAUAUUCUGUGUGAUGUACAGUUUGUCAAGAUUACUCGGCAACAGUAUCAGAACGCACUGACUGCCAGCCGCAUGGAUAGCUCUCCUCAGACCCCCGACAUGGAUGUUUUCAAUGAUGGUGACUCCACAAAGGCUCCCACAGUCAGAGGCACCCCACAGACACCCAAGGAUGGUCCUGCUGUCCUCUUGACUGAGAGAAGUAGCGUUGUGGCCAGCAAGUCAGAAGGGAAUAUAAAGAGCCCCACAGACUCUAUGUUCCUGCACAUGGAGGGGGUCCCCCACAACCAGGAGGAGUUGACAGGCCACCCAGAAAUCAGCGUGCAGAGUAAGUAUUUAAGAGCACAAAACGAAGACUAUAUUGUCAGGCUGGAACCUGAGUCCUCAAACAAGGAAAUGGAGCUCAGCACAUCUCCAGGUGCUCCUCAGGAACCCCUAGGAAAGAAGUUGCUUUGGACACUUAGUGAGUCAUAUCAAAGUGGGAGGAGAAAAGCUUCGGCAGACGGUGAGAAAAGUUCAGAUGACAAUACUAACUUCACAUCUCUUAUCACAUGAGUAGCAACAUGGCUCUGCUUUUCUCACAGGUCUGCAGCAUGACAGCCGACUGUGACCAAAUUCAUGUGUAUGUGACAGCACCUGCUUCUCCAACAUUAACCACCCCUUACCUUUAGGGUUAAAGAGACCGCAGCCACUUAAGCUUCAGAAGUGGCAUCAGCAAAUAUGAGCUGAGAAAGUCUCAGGAAAAAGUGGAAAUGAAAACAGUAUAUCAGUGGAGUGUAAAUAUUCCUUUAAGUAGCUUAGCAGGGCAAUGUCCUCACCAUCUCAGUUACUAUCAUUGGAGAAAAAUAUAAAGGAGGAGGCCACACAGGCCUUCUUUCCUGCUGGACACUCCAUUAGUGUAGUCCAGGAGAAGA